CUGGCUGCUCCAGCCCGGCAGCCAGGCGGCCGCUGCCUCCCUGCCGAGCCCCGCCGCAGCCGGGACGUGCCUCCGGGAUGGGGGCGCCGCCGGCCGCCCCCAGCCUCCUGCUGCUGCUGGCCGGCGCCGCGGGGCUGUGCCGGGCUUUCUUCUCGCUGCCGCUCCGCGUGUCCCAGCCGGCCGCCCCCCGGGGGUCGCCGCCCGCCCCGGUGCCGCUGCGGCCGGGGAGCGGCGGGGGCCGGCAGCGGGAUGCGCCGGGAGAGCCGGGAGGCUUGGCCUUGGCCUCGGAGCCCGGGGGCAGCAUCAACUUUUUGGCCAUGGUGGACAACCUGCAAGGGGACUCCGGCCGCGGGUACUACCUGGAGAUGCUCAUCGGGACCCCACCGCAGGCGUUAAAUAUUCUGGUUGACACUGGAAGCAGUAAUUUUGCUGUAGCAGGUGUGCCUGAUCCUGAUGUCACCUCCUACUUCAAUACAGAGCUGUCAAGCACAUACAAAUCUCAAGGGAUUGAUGUCACAGUUAAGUACAGUCAAGGAAGCUGGACUGGAGUGCUGGGUACAGAUGUCAUUACUAUCCCUAAAGGAAUUGAUGGCAGCUACACCAUCAAUAUUGCAACCAUUCUUGAAUCGGAGAAUUUCUUCUUACCAGGGGUUCAAUGGCAUGGGAUUCUUGGUCUUGCCUAUGACACCUUAGCCAAGCCUUCAAGUUCUGUGGAGACGUUCUUUGAUUCUCUUGUGAGGCAGGCAAAAAUCCCCAACAUUUUCUCCUUGCAGAUGUGUGGUGCUGGACUGCCUGUUUCUGGAAGUGGUACCAACGGAGGUAGUCUUGUUCUAGGUGGCAUUGAACCAAGUCUCUACAGGGGUGAUAUAUGGUACACACCUAUCAAAGAGGAGUGGUAUUAUCAGGUUGAAAUUCUCAAGCUGGAGGUUGGAGGACAGAAUCUGGAACUGGACUGCAGAGAGUAUAAUGCUGAUAAAGCAAUAGUAGACAGUGGGACCACCCUCCUCCGUCUGCCCCAGAAAGUCUUCAGCGCUGUUGUGCAAGCAAUAGCUCGCACAUCCCUGGUACAGGAAUUCUCUUCUGGUUUCUGGACUGGUACGCAGCUUGCAUGCUGGGAUAAAACUGAAAGACCCUGGUCCUUAUUUCCCAAACUCUCCAUUUACAUGAGGGAUGAAAACUCCAGCAGGUCAUUUCGCAUCUCUAUCCUGCCACAGCUUUAUAUUCAACCCAUCCUUGGAAUAGGAGAGAACUUGCAGUGCUACCGAUUUGGGAUCUCUUCAUCUGCGAAUGCCCUGGUUAUUGGUGCUACAGUCAUGGAAGGCUUCUAUGUAAUAUUUGACAGAGCUCAGAGGAGAGUGGGCUUUGCAGUGAGUCCAUGUGCAGUUGAUGGCUCUCCAGUGUCUGAGAUUGAAGGUCCCUUCACAACAGCAGAUGUUGCAAGCAACUGCGUUUCUGUCAUUUCUUUCCAUGAACCAGUGUUGUGGAUUGCCUCCUAUGCUCUCAUGAGCCUGUGUGGGAUUAUCCUCCUUGCACUGAUCAUCCUGCUGCUUAUUCCACCACGUUGUCAGCAUCGCUACACUGACAACGAUGUGGUCAAUGAUGAGUCCUCCUUAGUGCGACACCGAUGGAAAUGAGAACCUCGAUUGUGAAACCUGGGACUUCAGCAGAAUGAAGAACAAAGUACUUCACCAACAGGAAGAAGCCAAUGCCUCAGUCCUUUUUACAUCCAUUACAAAUUGCUGUGGAAAUCCCUCCAAAUAUCAUAACUUUUAAAGCUUUAUUUUCUAACACUGAUUCUGAACCAAAGCACUGUUAACCACCUCAUAAGUGCUACAGUACUGGAUUUGCUACUGCAGUACAAAGAGCCUUUAUGCUCUCAAUAGUACCUUCUUUUUUUUAGGAAAAAAGAGAGAAAAAAACACCAUAAUGUUCUUCCACUAUCUGAACAAAAUUGUCCAUCCUUCUUUCACAAAAAAGGAGCUGUUAGUAUUUUCUAACUAAUCAAGCCCUGACUGUAAAAAAGAGAAAAAAAAUAAUAACCUUUCUUACUAAUCAUAUUAAAUGAAUACUGCUUUGUGUUUACAUCAA